UUUGUUAAAAUUCUCAUCGAUCUUCAUGAGUUUCGAGGACAAAAAGAAGGCACUGUUUGCCAGUUUGGAAAGUGCCGAACGUAGCAUUCCGGCGGAUUCAGUUCUGCACCAGGAGGACAUAAUCGACUAUAAUAGGAAUCGUUCGGGCAGAGAUUAUGGAAGCCGUUCCGAUCGAAGAGAUCGCCGAUCAUCGGCAUCGGAGUGCACUCCCAUCAGGAAAUUCCGUGGCAAGGAAAGCAUCUUCAAGCGUCCGGCAGCACCGAUUUCCAAAUGCCUACCCACGUCAAGGGUUCCGGACUUUAAAAAAAAUCCGGAAAAGUGGACCAAAUACUCGCUGGAGGAUGUGGACACCAGUGACCGGAGCAACACGGCUGCCGCGUUUAGCUUCUUGCGAGAGAUGGAAAAUAAAAAACAAGAUCAGCAAGAUGAAGAGGAAACCAGUGAAACGUCCAGCGGAUUUAAAGGAAAAGUUAAAUUCAACCGUUCGAUUAAAUUGAAGUCCAAGCUGGAAGAGGAUGAUGAACCACCACCGACGGAGCAGGAUAAACCGAAGGUUAAGGGUUCGAAGGUCGUUAUGCCUGAGUAUGUCAUUGGGCAGAAGAUGAAGAAAAGCAAAACGGUAAAGCUGGGAACGGUUUCCAGCAAGCGCGAUCGUUCGAAGGAACUGAAACUCGACCAUUUGAUGGAUGAUGAAGAUGCGGCGGAUGCUAAUGAGGAAGGCGACGAUGACGAUGGAAUGAUUUGAAUACAUUUACCUAAAUGUUAGUUUGAGGUAAGUUGAUCUUUUAAAUUUCUGUAAAUAUAUAAUACGAUAAA